UUCGCAGACCAACUUUUUCUGGAUAACAACAUGGAAGUUGAACAGUCGUCUGAGAGUCAAGCCGACCAGAAUUAUCCUCCGCGAAAACUGGUUCUCCCUGCGAUGGCCGCUCUUUACCUGGCAGUUUUUCUCAUUGCACUUGAUCGGACCAUCCUAGGCACGGCUGUGCCAAGCAUUACAGAUGAAUUCAAUAGCUUCGGGGAUAUCUCAUGGUACGAGUCGGGCUUCUUGCUUCCGCUCUGCAUGCUUCAAUUAUCAUUCGGCCUCGUUUACACCUUCUACUCUGCAAAAUGGAUACUCAUUACUCUCGUCCUGAUAUUCGAAAUUGGGUCUAUUGUCUGCGCAACGGCACCCAAUUCCAAAGCUUUGAUCGUCGGUCGAGUUAUCACUGGUAUCGGUGGUGCGGGUAUCAGCUCGGGGGCCCUCAUCUUGAUCAAUCUUCUCGUUCCGCUGAGUUCACGACCCAAGUAUUCUGGCGGAAUUGGCGCAAUGUUCGGUCUGGCGUCGGUGAUUGGGCCCCUCGCGGGAGGAUAUCUCACCGCAGUCAGUUGGCGAUGGUGUUUCUGGAUCAACGUCCCCAUCGGUGGCGUAGCAGUUAUCGUGCUUAUCCUCUUGUGUCCUAAUCAAACACCUCCCGCCGUCCCAGCCCCAACUUUGUUUGGGAAGAUGAAACAAUUAGACCCCAUUGGUUUUGCCCUCGUGGCACCUGCCAUUGUUUGUCUAUUAUUUGCACUUCAAUGGGGUGGUCAGAGAUACCCCUGGAGCGAUGGCCGUAUCAUUUCGCUCUUCAUUGUCGCUGGUACUCUCUGUUUUGCUUUUAUCGUGUCACAGACCUGGCAAGGGAAUCAGAGAACGAUUCCGUCGAGAAUCAUUUCGCAGAGAACCAUGAUUGCCGCAAGUGUUGCAUCCGUCGGAAUCGGGUCGAUUUUAGUCGUUUACUCCUUCUAUCUUCCCAUCUGGUUCCAGGCUAUCAAGGGGAAGUCUCCACAAAGCGCUGGAUUGUCGCUUCUGCCUCUUCUCCUCCCCCAAGUGAUCUUCGUCAUUGUCAGUGGCGCAGUAACGAGUAUCUUCGGAUACUAUACCCCGUUGCUGAUUGCUGGUGGUGCAAUAUCCAUUGUGGGAUCCGUACUGAUCACAACAUGGGAUGUCCACACUGGAUCGGGAAAAUGGAUCGGAUAUCAGAUCGUUGCCGGAGUUGGGUUUGGGCUCACACUUCAGCAGCCCAACAUUGCGGCGCAGGCUGUUCUUCCUAAGAGCGACGCUCCUAUCGGACUUUCGAUACUUACUUUUCUACAAUUCCUCGGUGGAACUGUAUUUGUCACUGUCUCCCAAACUCUGCUCGAGUCUAAAUUGGUCGAAGGGCUAGAUGGUAAAGUAGGGCUAGAUGCUAGCACUAUUGCGAAAGGAGGAGCCACAUCGCUGCGGCAUCAAGUGCCACAGGAUAAGCUUGACUUCGUGUUGAAAAUAUAUAGCGACUCUCUCACCUCAGUUUGGUACCUGGGUAUGGCACUCGCAUGCUUGGUCUUCGUGGCCUCGUUGGGGUUUGAAUGGAAGAGUGUGAAGAAGACUAAGGAACAAAACAGUCCGAACGAGAAGGCCUAG